UAUCUAAGAUCGUGCAACGAGUGUUGAGUUUUUCUGUGACUGAUCCAGUAAUGAAGUUUGUUGUUGGUUUCGAACUUAUUCUGGAAGCAUCUCAGCUGUGGGAACAAAAUGCACAUAGUGGAGUAUCUUUGAAAACUGAAAUAGAUGAGCUCACAAAGACUAUCAUAGAGUGCAGAGCAAUGGAACUUAGUUGUUGGAGCAGAGGACUGGAUUGUGUGAUUCGGAAACAGUACUACAAUAGCUCCAAAUGGUGGUUUUUAAUGUUUCCAAUAUUUUCAUCUUCAGUCAAAAGCACUGAAAAAGGAGAAACAAAGAUGUCUGUGAUAAAUCUUUUGCAGCAGUGUUUGGAAGAUUCUCCAUUGGGUGAAUUUCCUGCCAGAUUGAGCAUACUUUUUACAUUCUUACUUCAGUAUAGGAUCUCGAACUGCAAAGAUUUGGCUGAGAUUGUUUACAAUGUAUAUUCAUAUUAUAUACAGUUUUUACCAAGUGUUAGUAAUCACAUUGCUCAGUUAAGAAAGCCGAUAGAAAAAGAAAUGAAGGAUUAUGUAAAAAUAGCUCGAUGGAAUGAUAUGAACUUCUAUUCUGUGAAACAGUCUGUGGAAAAAUCGCAUCGUUAUAUUAUAAAGCAUAUAAAAACAUUUGAGGAUGCGAUUAAAAAACCAGCCAGGAACUUUUUUACUCUUCCUUCAAAAAUGAAUGAAUCUGAAAGCAGCCCUUGGUCAUUGGAUAUAAAGCCUGAAGAUUUCAUGUCUUCUCAAACAAAACUACCUAAGUUAGUAGCUGAACGAAAGGAAACUUUGUUCAGAAAGUUACCUAUGUAUCACAAGAAAGCUAAGAAAUUGUCUGAAAGGGUGUCUAACAAUUUCCCAGUUAUUGAUCAUAUUAAUAGAUUAAAUGACUUGUGUGGAAACAUAAUUGAAGCUCUGCAAAGUGUAACGUCUGAUGCAGUUAAGACUGUUCUCACCAGAUCAAGGGAAAAGAAACAAACGCUACUGAAUAUACAAACUAAAAGACAGAUGCUUGCUACUUUAUUUAAAAACCUGAGAGUAAUGGGUUUAUCAUUCAGGGAAGGAAAAAUUUAUCAAAAACGAGUAAAAAUCAAUGAAGUAUUCUCUAUUCCGGCAUUUGAUCCACUGUCACUACAAGUUUUGGAAAUUGAUUUGAAAUUCAAAGAACUGUUGUUAAAAUCAUCAUCUGAGACAAGCCACUACUUUUACAAAAACAUUGCUCAAUAUGCAAAUCUUCAGAAAUCUAUGGAAUCACCAUGCAAAGACCUGACUCUUGACAUGAUUCAUAGAAUUCAAGGUUAUAGCGGCCAUUUAAUGCAAUUUAUAACAUUGCAGCGUCAAAAAAUAGUGAAGAUUUCAAAGGACGUAGAUUCUGUAGGGUGUUUUUUGGCAACAUUGUCAGCUUUUAAUAAGGAGCAACAGACUUUAGGUGUUAAAAAGAAUUUAACUGUACUACCCCCACAAAAUGUUAUGCUGGAGUGGGAAGGUCUUUUGUGUAAUUACCUAGUGCAGUUUAUAGUUUCUGUGGGCCAAUUUAGAGCACUGAUGGAGUGUGCACCUUCUUCAGCAGAAAUGUCUUCUGAUCUCUCAGUUAUUUCUUCACAAUUAUCAGCCAAUCCAUUACCGUCUAUUGAUAAAAAGAAUUCUAUUUGGUCUGGAAUAUCGACAGCAUAUGAUCAUUGUGCAACAGAUAUUAGAAAGCAAUUGGUGCUUCUGUCAGAUGUGCUUAAUACUACUCAUGUGUAUGGAACAUGGCACCAGUUCUCAUGGGUUGGUGCAUGUUUCACUUCAAUGCAGUCUGCUGCAAGACAAAUAAUGUCAGUUGUCAAAGAAACUGAAAAUGCUGAGAAUUGUUUCACUAAAAAUUUAUCCUCUUUGUAUUCAAAAAUUUGUCAGGAGACUAAAAAUGUAACGAAGUCUUGUGCCAUGAUUGUGCAAGAAGCAGAAACAAGUACAUCUAGGACUAAAAAUAAACAGGAUCGGAUUCUUUCUCGCUUGUGUCAAAAACUCACAAAAGAAGUUCUGUUAGCAUUUCAGGAUAUGGUUAAAUUGUGUCUCCAGAGUGAUGACAAUAAUCAAGCUGAAGAUAUUGAUGUAGUCUCUGAGAAUUUGUUUACUGUUAGAAUCUCUGCAAGUAUUGAUGAAAUUGAAAGAUGUCUUCGCAUUGAAAAUAUCAAGGAAAUAGUGAACAAAAUAAAGAAACACAUUGGUUUGUUCCAGAAUUCUGUUGAAGAUCUCAAAUCAAUAGAUGAUAGUUUAAGGUUGCUCAUUAAUUUAACACCAUUCUUAAAUCAAUAUUACCAUCUUCUGAAGGUUUACAUGGCUGUAAUUUUGGGAAUGCACAGGACAUCUAACAAAUUCUUAUCUAUAUUGUUGGAUAUAUUUAAUACUUUGGCAACUAAGGGAUUUUGCAUUCCUCCAGAACUUCAAGAAGAAGCUAAAAAGUAUGGGGCCACUAAAUUUGAAGAUAUUGACGGUGGUGGUCUUGGAGAAGGUGAAGGCACAAAAGAUGUCAGUGGUAAUAUUAAAACUGAAGAUCAACUUGAGGAUGCUUUUAAAGAAGGCCAAGAAAAGGAAGACAGUGAUCAGAAAUCCAAAGAAAUCAAAGAGGAGGAAGAUGGAAUCGAAAUGUCAAAUGAUUUUGAAGGUAAAACUCAUAAUCCUGAUGAGCAGGAUGAAGAAAUUGAAAAAAGUGAAGAUGAAGAUGAUCUUGAAAAGAAAAUGGGAGAUGUUGAUACAAGUGAGGCAGAAAAACUUGAUGAGAAGAUAUGGGGAAGUGAUUCAGAGGAUGAGGAUGAGGAGGAAGAUUUAAAAGAAGAAAGUGAAAGUGGAGGCAUCACGGAAAAUAAGGAAUCAGAACUUGUUGCAAAGGAUGGUGAAUACAAAAAAGAUGAUUAUGAAAAGCGUAAAGAUAAGAAAGCUGAAGAAUUUUGUCCUGACACCGAUGAUGAAUAUAAAGAGGAUAUCCCUGAUCCUCUUAUUGAUACAGGUCCACAACAAGAACCUGAAGGUUUAGACUUGCCUGAUAAUAUGGAAAUAAAGGAUGAUUAUAAAGAGAAUGAAGAUCUUGAAGAAACUGAGGGAGAUGCCAAUAUGGAAGAUGUUAAAGAUGAUGGAGAUACUGAGAAUGAAGAUGAAGACAGUAGUGCAGAAAAUGAGCAAGAAGAGACAGAAGAAGGAAAUGACAAACCUAGUGAUAAUGUUGAAUCUAAAGACGACACUGAAGGCUGUGAUUCAGCAGAACCUGUUGAAGAAAAUGAGAAAAUGGAAAUUGCUGCUGAUGAUCAGAGAAAUGAUUUGCUACCUACCCAUACACCAACCUCUGAAGAAGCAAUUGCAUCUGCUGAUAAUACCAAAAGCAGUUCUCAUGAUCCUGUACAGUGCAAAGAAACUCCAAUGGAGUGGGAGAGUGGUGCCCAAGAUGUGAAAGAGCAGCAUAGAGAAGGUCAAGCAGAUUCAACUGUGUCACAAUCUGAAGAUUUUGGACACGAAGGUAAAAAAUCAUCAGCUGCAGUGAGAAAGACUGGAGAAGAUCAGCAGCAUAAAUCAAAAUUAAAGCAACCUGAUGAAAACAGAGUAGUUGAUGACUCUUCCACUGACAAGAAUUUAAAACAUAAACCUAUUGUUGAGAAGCAAAGUCUUAAAAAUUCAUUAGGCCCUGAUCCUGAGACAUCUGCAGACGUGUAUGAGCAUGUCUCGAAAAAAGAAGAAGGUGUUGCACAAGCAGUUGAUAUAGCCACUGAGGAACAAGCUACUGCAAGGCCUGUUCAAGAUCAGUCUGAUUCAGCAUCUGAUGAUGAGGAAGUUAUUGAAAUUUCUUCUGAUGAUGAGGAGGAUGAAUACCCAAGAGCUGAAGGAGAUUCAGUUCGUUUUGAUCAACGGAAAAAACCUGGAGAAAAAGGUGAAAUUGGAGAAAGAGAUGAAAAAAUGGAAAUAACUGAAGGAGAAGUAGUUAAAACACUUACAGUUCCCCGUGGUCUUGAAUCAACAAUUCAUACUCAGAAUGAUUUAUGGAGGCAUUUAUCAUUUGUAAAUCAGCAAGGAUUGCGCUUGAAAAUGGAAAAAGACUUGGAUCUGUUUUGCCAUGCUGACAAAGAACAGACAAUUAGCUCUGGUCAGUUAUGGAGGAAUUAUGAAAUACUUGUAUCAAGUCUUGCGCAAGAAUUAUGCGAACAGUUGAGGCUAGUUUUAGAACCAACUAAAAUGUCGAAACUGAAGGGAGAUUACCGAACUGGUAAACGCCUGAAUAUGCGCAAAAUCAUUCCAUAUAUUGCUAGUGAUUUCCGCAAGGAUAAAAUUUGGUUACGUCGGACAAAGCCAAGCAAACGGCAAUAUCAAAUAAUGCUGGCUGUUGAUGACUCAUCGAGUAUGGCUGAUAACCACUCCAAGCAGCUUGCUUUUGAAUCUCUUGCCGUCCUAGGGCAGUCUCUGAGUCUUUUAGAAGCUGGAGAUAUAUCAGUUGUGAGUUUUGGGGAGAAGGUAGAAUUGCUGCUUGGUUUUAAUGAACAAUUCAGUAGCAUCACUGGAUCUAGAAUAAUUGAACAGUUUUCUUUUUCACAAAAAAGAACUAAUUAUCCUCAAAUGUUAAAUUAUGCUACUGAUGCUUUUGUUCAAGCUAGGAGUAAUAGCAGGUUCACAGCAAUAUCCAAAGAAAUUGCACAGCUUUUAAUAAUAAUAUCAGAUGGUAGAGGUAUUUACAGGGAGGGAGAGAAAGUAAUGAAAAAUGCUGUGAGAAGAGCAAGAGACAAUAAUAUUUUUAUGGUAUUCAUUGUCCUUGAUAGUCCUUCAAAUGAGGUAAGCUACUUAGAUCAUAUCAAUGUAUAAAUGUAUGACAUUUGC